AUGGUUAGAAUAUUGCUGUUUCCUUUUAUAUGGUGCAUGGCGAGAGCUGCAUUUGUGUCGCGAAGAAGGGAUGAGAUGAAGGAUUAUUCAAAUUACGUUGUUUAUAGAUUCUACGACAAGUUUGAUACUCUCCAGUUACCGACUACUGAUCAUGAUGUAUGGAGUGUCAAUGAGCAGUUUACUGAUGUGAAAUUGCCCAAGAAUGUGAAGUUGGAUGCACACUGGAACUAUACGGUGCUCAUAAAGGAUUUAAAUAACGCAAUCAGGGAGACAUACCCUAUGGAAUCAAUGGGAGAUGAGAGCUCAAUUUUUUCUUUGAGUGAUCUAGACGAGUCAUUUUUCAAUGGGUACAAAGAUUUGAAAACCAUAUAUCUGUGGUUUGAUUAUCUGCACUCAACGUUUCCCGACUUGGUCUCUGUACAGAGUAUUGGGAGGACUCAUGAAGGUAAUGAUUUGAAAAUACUAAAAAUUAGUAACAAUCCAAAGGAAAACAAGAAAACUAUAGUCGUAACGGGCGGUAUUCACGCUCGUGAAUGGAUCACCGUCAGUACAGCCUGUUAUGUCAUGCAACAACUGCUGCACAAUUACAAAGAUCAUGUCCGAAAUGUCGAGAGACAUUUUUUGGAAAAGUUUAAUUAUGUUUUUAUCCCCGUGAUUAAUCCAGAUGGGUACAGCUACACGUGGGAGACAGAUCGAUUGUGGAGAAAAAAUAGACAGGAUACAUAUAUCUCAUCCUGCAAAGGAAUCGAUAUAGAAACUUCUUUCAAUUACAAAUGGUCAAAUAAUAAAGUCAACAGUUUCCCCUGUGAUGAAAAUUACAAUGGCGAACAUGCCUUCCAUGCAAUUGAAUCUCAAUUGAUCAAUAGCUUUCUGUUUGAAAACUCACCAGUUAAAUACCAUGGAUUCCUAGACUUCCAUUCAUAUUCACAAGAAAUACUUUAUCCUUAUACAUUUUCAUGUGAUACGACACCAAACAAUUACGAAAAUUUAGUAGAAGUGUCCUUUGGAAUUUCCAAAUCUAUAAAACAAACGUCAGGUAAAGUUUACGACGUCAUCGCCGCCUGCAAAGAUGCUGGAUCAGAUUUGACACCGGGGAUGGGAGCUGGAUCUAUCCUAGACUACAUGUAUCAUAAUGAAGUACAGUGGUCACUACAGUUGAAACUCAGAGAUACGGGCAACCAUGGGUUUUUGUUACCUUCCAAAUUUAUCAAACCUGUGGGCAAUGAAAUGUACAACGCCUUCAGAUACUACUGUGAAUUUCUAGUGGAUCCUGAACUGACGGUAAAUUAA